CUUCAGGUGUUCUCAAUUAUCGUGUUUGGCUGCAUCUCUUCAGUCGGCUACAUCAAGAAUGACUGUAUCUACAACGGCGACACAAAUGCCUGCCACUACGGGAUCGGUAUCGGCGUGAUCGCGUUCCUGGCGUGCGUCCUGUUCAUCUGUGUGGAUGCCAUGUUCGACAACUUCAGCAGCGUGCAGCAGCGCAAGUACAUUGUGAUAGGGGACAUGGUGUUCUCGGGCUUCUGGACCUUCCUGUGGUUUGUCGGCUUCUGCUACCUGACGGACAAGUGGCGCAAGACGACUAAUGAUUGGCUAGACCAGAGGGGUUUCCAUGACUACAGCACGGCCCAGGCAGCCAUCGCCUUCAGCUUCUUCUCCAUCAUCUCUUGGGCCUGCCUGACGUUCCUGGCCAUCAGGCGUUACCAGCAAGGCUGGGACCAGGCCUUCGCCCCCAGCUAUGAGCCCGACCCUCAGAUCCCGGGCGCCUCUCCAUACGGCGGCUACCCCGAGCCGGGACAGGACCCAGGCUACCAGCAACAACCCUUCCAGGACCCGGGCACCCAGCCCCAGCCGGACUACCAGGCACCCGCUUACUAACAACCCACAUACACCACACAACCUCACCCACCCUGACCACCCCCGCCUCGCAGUGCUGCGGUCCGACGGUGUAGGCAGUUAUGGAUGGUGACGGGCUGUUACAUUCUGGAUGUAGGGGAUGUUGUGCACACAGUUUCCUUGAUGUCUGUGUAAAGUGAGUUGUAGGGUUGGGUUAGGGGGUAGGUUGGGGUGGCUCGCACAGUAGUAGAAGGAUGUGAUAGAUUAUGUACUGUGUAAAAAAAAAAGAGGUGCUUUCCCACUAGAGACUUGCCAAGUAGGAACCUAGGUCCAAACUUUCCUUCUGAUCAGCACUUUUUGCUGCCACUUGCUGCACUCUGAUGUAAGUAAACGCAAUGAUCUCUCCUCAUGCUGUAAACUGUGUACUAGAUAAUCCACCUCGUGUGAUGCAGAACAGAGUGGUUAAUAGCAGGAUAGCCUCCGUAGCAGGCUUAUAGAACUGAGGAUUUUGUGGUCUUCAGCUGUUUUCUGAUUAGCCCAGUUCUAAAAAAACGGGGUUAAUUCAACCAGGCCCGGCUAUGUUGUCUAUAUGCAAUCAGAAAAUAGCACAUAAAGACCCUGAAGACCUCCCAAAACCCCCAGUUUUUGGCAUGCUAUGGAGGCUAAUAGCAGGAGAAGAAAUCAAGUAAAUUUCACGUGUUUUCCAUGUGUUUUAGUGGGUCCAAACCUUCCGAUGGUGCUGUGUGCAGACUCUACUUCGUAGGCCAAUUUCUGAUAAUGGUUCCUUCCUAAGUAAGAAACUAUGGAAAAAGAAGACCUAACGUUUUGGCAGGGCACAUAUAGCAAGUC